AUGCAUAUCACUUACCUUUCCGUACUUGUUGCCCUUCUGGGCCCAUCUGAGGCAUUCUUUCGCAUGUCCUGUCCUGGACGACUUGUUCGGGAGCGAUUAGACCCUAUCAUCAACCCUGGAGGUGUCGCCUCUCAUGUACAUACAAUCUCUGGUGGAGUUGCUUUCGCGCCUACGAUGACAUAUCAGGACAUGCAAGCAGCUAAAUGUUCAACAUGUACAAUUAAGGAGGACAUGUCAAAUUAUUGGACACCCCAGCUGUACGUCAAGUUCAAGAACGGAACGUUUAUGCCGGUCCCUACCGUCGGCGACCCAGAAGAUAUGCAUGGCGGCAUGACAGUGUACUACCUGCAACGUCGGGGCGACGACUCCAACGAGAAACUCCACGCCUUUCCAGAGGGCUUUCGUAUGAUCGCAGGCGACACAUUCGCACGCAGCUUCGGCAACGAUUCGGCUGCAAAAGCCAUUUCUUUCGCCUGCCUCGGCGGCCCCAAUCUCCCUGAGACAAACAAUAUGCCAGACUUCAACUGCCCAGGUGGCCUGCGCGCACAAGUCUUCUUCCCAGCAUGCUGGAACGGCAAAGAUAUCGAUACGCCCGACCACAAAUCCCACAUGUCCUAUCCUGUCGGUCAGGAGUACAACAAUGGCGCCUGCCCACCCGAAUAUCCAGUCCACAUGAUCUCUAUCUUCUACGAGGUUCUCUACGACACAGCCCCCUUCCUCGAGCACUGGAACGGCGACCAACACCCCUUCGUCUUUGCGAAUGGGGACGCCACAGGCUUUGGAUACCACGGUGACUUCGUGAACGGAUGGGACGUUUCUGUUCUGCAGAAUGCUGUCGACACUUGCACCGACGACUCUGGACAAGUGGAGCGCUGUUCAGCAGUCACGCAGUUCACGCCCGAUGAGUGCGCCGCAUGUCGCCUUCCAGAAGCAGUCAAUGAAGUCAAUGACGGCCAUCUCGACAAGCUCCCGGGCUGCAAUCCCGUCACGUACGGACCUGACCGAGCUGCUCCCACACAAUGCAACGACGGCGUAUCUCUCGGCGUCAGGAAAGUAGACUACGUCGACGUCACCCAGACAAAAGGAUGGGCAUACGUUGGUUGCGGAAAGGACAACAUCGGCGACCGUGCCUUCACUGGUGUUUCCUUCAGCCGCCCGAACACGACGGUCGAGGACUGCAUCGACUUCUGCACUGCGUCCGGCUUCUCCUACGCAGGGCUCGAGUACAAGAGCGAAUGCUUCUGCGCAAACGAGCUCAACGCAAAGUAUGCGCCCCGGGACGGCAUCAUGGGCGCCUGCGUCUCAAAGUGCAGCGGCAAUGCAGACCAGACGUGCGGCGGCUGGGCAGCCAUGAGUGUAUACCACGCCUGUCCAGCCGGAGGCAGCUGUCGCAAUAACGAACAGUUUGGAAAGGCGCCGGAAGGGAAGAGGAGUCUUACUAUCGAUGCUCCGAUGCAGAGGGCGCGGAGACAUGCAAGGGACUUGGUGUAG